AUAGAAAACACCGGCGCUGUUGGUCUGGGAUACGGUUUGCUCUUCUCUAGGCUAGACAUCACAUCAUUAGCUAAGUCUACUAGCUUCAUAGCUGAUUCAUUUAGACAAAAUGUCAACUACGACUGGUGGUGGAGAGUUUGGCAACCCUCUCCGAAAGUUUAAGCUCGUUUUCUUGGGUGAACAAAGUGUUGGGAAGACCUCACUUAUUACCAGGUUCAUGUAUGACAGUUUCGACAACACUUACCAGGCCACCAUUGGAAUUGACUUUUUGUCAAAAACUAUGUAUCUUGAAGACCGCACGGUCCGGCUCCAACUUUGGGAUACUGCUGGACAGGAGCGUUUCCGUAGCCUAAUUCCCAGCUACAUCCGCGACUCUACCAUUGCUGUGGUUGUUUAUGACAUCACCAAUCUGAAUUCGUUCCAGCAAACCUCAAAGUGGAUUGAUGAUGUAAGGACAGAAAGAGGAAGUGAUGUCAUCAUAAUGCUGGUUGGAAACAAAACAGACUUGGCAGACAAGAGACAGAUCACCACGGAGGAGGGCGAGCAAAGAGCAAAGGAGCUCAAUGUCAUGUUCAUUGAAACCAGCGCAAAGACUGGCUACAAUGUCAAACAGCUAUUUCGCCGUGUUGCUGCUGCACUGCCUGGGAUGGAUAGCACACCAGAAAAAAGCAAAGAAGACAUGAUCGAUAUAAAACUGGAGAAACAGCCAGAGAUGACUGUCACGGAGAGCAGCUGCUCAUGCUAGUGCGCCUACCCACUCUCUGCCCGUCCUUUCCCACCAACAGCUUGUCUCUCAGUGGCCACUCUCUCCACCCUUUGGCACCCUGCCGAUGGGAUGGACCUGUCUUUCCCUUUUUAAACUCAGUGACUUUUCAGAGUUGCCAUGUGGAUGUGUAUUGAAACAGAAUAUCACAUGGGUCAAACAUUUAAACAAAGUUACAUUUUUUUCUGAUUCAUACAGUUGCAUGUCAUAAUAUAGGACGAACAUUGCAAUCUGCUUAUGGGUUACUGCACAGUUGAAAAUUGCAGUGCUGUUACACUUGCUAUGUUGUAAAGUAAAAUGCUUGGAAUUAUUUAAGACUUUUAGAACUAUACAUAUUUUUAAGCAUUUAUUUGCAGAUAAGUUAUUUCUUAGAGACCUCACUUUAAAUGCUGGGCAAAUGGAUUUCAUAAUGGGUGUGCUUUUUGAAAUUGUUAUAUUAGGUUUAACGUACCCUUUCCAAACAAGCAUUAGUUUAAAGAAUUGUUUUUUUUUGCUUUGGUUUUAUACAUAAACUGCCAAACAUUCAAAUGCAUCAGCCUUUUAUAGGGCAGAAAAGGAUGACAAUGGAUAAAAAAUAUCAUGAUGUUCAGCUAAUGUUAAGGUGGCAUAGCAAUUUGAUUUCUGUCUGGAUAGAACUUCAUUAUUCAAUCGAAACUAAAGAUAUAGUCUUAAACAGUGGUUAUGUUUACCUCUUUUCAAGUUGUCACGUAGGUCACUGAGGUGUACCCAACAUCAACAAUGAAACUGUUUUUCACAUUUGUAAAAUGCAGCAUGCUCACCAUGCAGGAUUUAUAGGGAUAAGAACACAGAUGCCUUGCUUGUUGUUCACUGAUGUUGUGCACUGAAUCAAGCCACAAUAUUGUAAAUGAUAGAAGCCUGCUCUCUGUUCAAUGGCUUCAUUAGUAGUUUUGUAGAGCUGGUAGUGUGUUCUCCUAUACAGCUAAUGCUUACUAACACCUUUGCUGUAAAAAGUGCCGAGGUCUAUUCCAGUACUCCUCUAUGCUUUAGCUUGUGUUAUACUGCUGGUUUUGUGUUAAUUUAUUUUCUUACAUACUAAUAUUGUCUCCUGGACAAUGUACAUGUUACCAAAAGUUACUUGCUGGCAUGCAUGUUACAUUUUUUCAUAUUUAUUAUUUUGCGUGUCCGAUAGGGUAUCUGUGAUUUGGUUACAGCCACUCAUUUAUGGCUGCACCAAGGGCCGCAGGUUAGAAAGAAUGACACAGGCAGUUGCAUAGCCAUAGCACAACAAACACUGGUCAGCUCUUUAGUAAACUUUUAAAUGGUAUUAAGUAUAUACAUAACACAUAACCUUUCAAAAUGGACGCCUUUCUGUUACUUCUCAGUGACUAAAAUUCUGCUUUGUGCUCUUCUUAAUUGUGUCUAUUUGAAAAUAAAUGCUGUCUUCUCGUGUUUAGCAACAUUUGCGUGAAAAAUGUACUAUUACUAUCUUAUGUAUAAAAAAGGAGAAUUAAUGAA